AGAAUAUUAUGAGGAGAAUAGCUAGGCACCACAAGUUUGCUUGCUUGCUAGGCCCCAGCAUCUAGUAAAACUAGAUUAUUCAAUUCCGAAUAUGUUUCCUUCAAGUCUUCAUCGAGCCAUCCAGAGAAACCAUCCAAAUUGCCGGCUUAAUAUCUAUCCCUUUCAGUCCCUGAGUCUUGAACAUACCAGGGAUGGGACGAACGAACCAAUCUGACCAUCCCAUGUAUCAAGAUCCAUUUGAAUUUGGAAUCCUUCAAUCACCAGGGCUACAUACCCUUGCUUUCGAAUAUACUUUUGAGGUUAUGGGAAAUCUCAUAGAAUCACUAGUCAAACUAGACGAAAUCUUCCCACUCUCGGUUCUGACCAUGAGUCCCACUCUUAACCACCUCAUCGUUCAGCUAAAUAGUGUAUUUAGCUCGAGCCGUAAUAUUUCAAACUUGAAAAGAGAAUGGCGGAGGUUUGUUGCCGCUUUGGAGCCUCACCCGAGUCAGGUAACCCACAUCGAGUCUCUAUCCUUUCCAGCUCUUAGCAGCGAUCCUGUCGAGUAUAUUUUGCUGAAAUUCAGCGAAGUGCUCGAUUUUUCUCACAUUCGUUGCUUGGACAUACAUAUGUAUUCGAAUCCGAAUACUUUAGCAGAGGUCGCCUUGUUGCUGACCAGUCUGAAUCAGCUAUCUAUAACAGACGAUCCACAGUGGAGGUUUUAUCCUGAUCCAACUGCGGACAACCAUGAGAUGAUUUGGGCGAUCCAGGUCUUUUAGCUCAUUAAAGCGCCUCUGUCUCCGGGCAGAGUGAUAUUAUAUUACGGCAUGGUCCGACAUUGGAAGGUUUUAUCAUCGAGCCAUCAGAGUAUAGUCGUCUCACCCCAGACACAGCAGAUGAUGGGUACAAAUUUCCCCCCCUUUGACUGCGAGGAAAUCGCUCGGCUAGCCUCGAAUUGUCCAAAUUUACAGGAGCUAUACCUUCUAAUCGAACGCUAUGGGGGUAGUCCUGCGGAAUGGAGGUUAUACAAGGUUUUGGGAAACUUCACCCAGCUUAACACACUUAUAUUGUUUCUUCACUGCGGCCCGCGACAAGGCCCUAUCGAUCAAUAUAGCGACUUGC